AUGGCGGCGCCGGCGCCGGCGCCGAUGCAGCUCAAGGUGCGUGUUCCGGAGAACGAGGAGGUCGCUCGCUGCCUCCACGAGAAGCGGCUGUCGAUGAGGGAGCAGCCGGCCGGUUUCAAGGAGCACCUGGACCGCACGUUCGCCAAAGCCUACCGCAAUGUGUGCGCCGCCAGUGAGCCCAUCCGGACUCUGAAGGAGUUCUCCAAGAUCAAUGGUGUGGGACCAUGGCUAAUACGUUGUAUGAAAGGCUUCUUUCCAGAGUCCAAACAGGAUUCUCCAACGAAAGGAAAGAAAACAAGAGUACCAAAGUGCCCUAAGCCAAAGAAGAACACUGCUGCUGCUGCUUCUCUUGGCAAGGGACUUCCUCCUAACUUAAAUUGUCAGAAUGUUCAGUUUACUCCUCCAUUUUCAUCCCAAGGAACAUUGGACCUGCAAUCAUCUGGUGAAACGGGUUCGGACUUCAAUAUGCUAGACAAGGAUGUUGUAUCAAUGGACAGUUGUAUACUGGCUAUGCCACCUCGUCAAUCAGGUGAAGAGUUUCUUGAAGCUUACCAGGUUGUUCUGAUAUUGGAUGAUCGUGAGAAUUUCGGGUAUUCCUCAAGAAAAGUUGCUUCAAAAAAGGUUGCUGAUAACAUUGCUUCGCAGUUUAACGUACCUGUAGAGGUUAAACGUUUGCCUGUAGGUGAUGGCAUUUGGAUCGCUCGUCAUAAAAAGUUUCUGACAGAGUAUGUUCUAGAUUUCAUUGUUGAAAGGAAAAAUGUUGCAGAUUUAGGUAGCUCAAUUAGAGAUAAUCGAUACAAAGAUCAGAAAACAAGGCUGCAGAAAUGCGGGUUAAAGAAGCUCAUAUAUCUUGUUGAAGGUAAUCCAAACACUUCAAAAGGAUCAGCAGCAAGCAUCAAAACAGCUUGCUUCACCACUGAGAUUUUUGAAGGAUUUGAUGUUAUCCGUACCAGUGGGUAUACUGAUACCAUGAGAACAUAUGGUUAUCUUACACUCUCAAUAAUUGAUUACUACAGCACGAAUUUCCACAGUCUUGCUAAAAGUGAGUGUAUAUGCCCAACCUAUGAUGAGUUUGAGAGACAAUGUCGUUGCCUUCAGAAGAAAACAGUGAGCCAAAUAUUUGCUCUGCAACUUAUGCAGGUGCCACAAGUAACAGAGAAAGUUGCAUUAACUGUUAUAGAGUUCUAUCCAACUCUUUUCUCACUCGCAAGGGCGUACUCCAUGCUUGAAGGUGAUAUCCAUGCCCAAGAGGAGAUGUUGAAGAACAAGAGCAAGAUGAUAAAUGCAGGGGCUAGUAGAAACAUCUUCAAGCUUGUCUGGGGUGAUGGAUGUCAAUCUUCAGGGCUCAGUUUGGACUAA